UCCUUGAAAUAUAGAAAUGUUUUUGCUCUCUUGCAGAGGAACCUGAGCUGAGACAUGUAGAAAAAGAUGUGUUAAUUCCAAAAAUGAUGAGAGAGAAGGCCAGAGAGCUAUGUUCAGAUAAAGUGCAAGCUUUUACCAAAUGCUGCCAAGAGUCUGGCUUUCUUAUGGUGGUGAAAUGUCAACAGGAAAAUGCAGCAUUGAAACAAUGUCUGACUACCUACUAUAAUGAUCCAGCCUUUUAUGAAGAAUGCAAAAUCGAAUACUUGAAGCAAAGGGAAGAAUUCAGAGCUACUGGAAUUCCUGCUAAACAAAGACAACAGAAGCUUCCUACAAGCAUGUAGCCAUAUCCUAAAAUGAAGUUUGGAAAUUUACUUCAGUUAUCAACAUACGUUGAUUUGAUGGAAUAAGUAAGUUAAUUGAAUAAGCAGACUCAAUUUUGUUUAAAAAAAAUCAAUUUGUCUGAGGCAGGAUUUGAUUGAAAUAACUGUAUCUCAUGUUGUAUUUUGUGUAUUAGGAAUAAACUGUUUUAUGAAUGAAUCCAAAAUAAAUAGGAUAUAUUUUUUACCUGCUCCAAGGGUUUGAGGAACUCUGUUUAGUAUAUUUUGAGUAAAAAGUUGUUAGACCAAUCCAUUCUUACUGAACGUUCUCCUGACUUACCCUCCCUCCACUAAUAUUCCUCUCUGUAGAAUUUAGAUUUUUUGCAAUCAAAGGAAGACAUUUUGCUUCUGUUUACCCAGAGUAAUAAAUUCCAGCUACUAUCUAUGUAAAAGAACAAUUUAAGGUGUGCCUUUGCUUUCUCAUUUAACAUUGUUACAGCUGCUGUACAACACUGUAUGUGUGAACCAGUUAGGCUUGAAAAAAUAUUCUGUAAUUAUCUUGGGAAAAGUGCCCUAUCAGGAAUUGUUCAAACACAAUAUUUUUAAAAUUUUACUUGUGACU